CCGGGCGGGCGCCGGGCGCUGGAGCCGGGUGUUCCGGCCGCGGUCGGUGCAGCUCGGCGGGGAGACGGCGCGACCCGGCGGCGGGGGCCCCCGCGAGUCCAGCGCCGCCGCAGCCCCCCAAUGCGGCCGCGAGAAGCAGCGGGGGGGGCAGGCGAUCGAAGCAGCCUCUAGAAGUGUCGUCUAGUGAUAAUGAAGGCACCUUUGUCCUUUCUGGAGCGAUGCUGACCUCCGUUUCCUGGACCCAUUCUGACUCAGGAGCCUUCACGUAAAUGGGUCCAGUCAUGCCUGCCAGUAAGAAGCCCGAGAGCUCAGGAAUCAGUGUGUCUAGUGGACUGAGUCAGCGUUACCGGGGCAGUGGCCUGUCCAAGGCCUUCCAGGAAGACGAUGGCCUUGACUUCCCUCUGCCUGAGACCAGAUUAGAAGAGGGGACCAUGGAAGAUGAGGAGCUGACCAACCUGAACUGGCUGCAUGAGAGCAAGAACUUGCUGAAGAGCUUCGGGGAGUCGGUCCUCAGGAGCGUCAGUCCCGUCCAGGACCUGGACGACGGCGCCCCGCCAUCCCCUGCUCGCUCGGACAUGCCCUACGAUGCCAGGCAGAACCCCAACUGCAAGCCCCCCUACUCCUUUAGCUGCCUCAUAUUUAUGGCCAUUGAGGACUCUCCAACCAAGCGCCUGCCGGUGAAGGAUAUCUACAACUGGAUCUUAGAACAUUUCCCGUAUUUCGCUAAUGCGCCUACUGGGUGGAAGAACUCAGUGAGACAUAAUCUGUCCCUGAAUAAGUGUUUCAAGAAAGUGGACAAAGAGAGGAGUCAGAGCAUUGGGAAAGGGUCAUUGUGGUGCAUAGACCCAGAGUAUAGACAAAAUCUAAUUCAGGCUUUGAAAAAGACACCUUACCACCCUCCUCCUACUCCUCAGGCUUAUCAAAGCACAUCAGGUCCACCCAUCUGGCCGGGCAGUACCUUCUUCAAGAGAAAUGGAGCCCUGCUUCAAGAUCCUGACAUUGACGCUGCCAGUGCCAUGAUGCUUUUGAAUUCUCCCCCUGAGAUACAAGCAGGUUUUUCUCCAGGAGUGAUACAAAACGGAACGAGGGUGCUGAGCCGAGGGCUGUUUCCAGGUGUCCGCCCAUUGCCGAUUACUCCCAUUGGGGUGACAGCAGCCAUAAGGAAUAGCAUCACCAGUUGCCGGAUGCGGACUGAGAGCGAGCCGCCGUGUGGCUCCCCGGUGGUCAGCGGCGAUCCCAAGGAGGACCACAACUACAGUAGUGCCAAGUCCUCCAACGCCCGAAGCACGUCUCCCACCAGCGACUCCGUCUCCUCCUCCUCCUCAGCCGACGACCACUAUGAGUUUGCCACGAAGGGGAGCCAGGAGGGCAGUGAGGGCAGCUUCCAGAGUCGCGAGAGCCACAGUGAGACAGAGGAGGAUGACAGGAAACCCAACCAGAAGGAGGCCAAGGAUGCCCUGGGGGACAGCGGGUACGCAUCCCAGCACAAGAAGCGACAGCACUUCGGCAAGGCCAGGAAGGUCCCCAGCGACACACUGCCCCUCAAAAAGAGACGCACGGAAAAGCCGCCCGAAAGCGACGAUGAGGAGAUGAAAGAGGCGGCCGGGUCGCUCCUGCACUUGGCAGGGAUUCGGUCCUGUUUGAACAACAUCACCAAUCGGACGGCCAAGGGGCAGAAAGAACAAAAGGAAACCACAAAAAAUUGAAACAAGUCUCUGAUUUGUUUUGAACUUAAUGGCCAUUUGGUUUCAGCAUGUCAGGAGAUUUCUAAUGAUUUGUGGCAAUAUCAGCAAUUUUUUUUCUUUUUCUUUUUCUUUUUUACUUUCGUUGGUUUGGUUUUCUUUUCUUUCUUUCCUUUUUUUUUUUUUAAUUUGCCCCCCCUUCCCAGUCCUUUGUUUUUGGACCCUUAAGAAUUUUCUGUUUAAAGGAGAUUGAAGCCAUAGAAACUCAUUGACACUCAGCCGUUUUACAAAAGCUUUUCUUUAUCUGAAGACAAAAACCGAAAAAAAAAAAAAAAAGCCAAAAUUAACCAUUGCUUCCUGCAGCCUGUCAGAAACCUGCGGCCAAACCCACAGGGAUGGCAGUGUUGAUGCCACAGGAACACUCAAAAACCACCCGGGCGGCACACAUGCAGGGCAUCACUCCUCAGGCCCAACCCUUAGGUUUAAAAGUCAGUUGUGUUCAGAGGGAAGCUGGGAAGCAACUGCAGAGACCGAAGAGCCGGCGUCCCCUAGGGUAACCCGUACUCUGUCCCUGGCAUCCCACUGUGCCAGAAAUGGCAGUGGCAUCGCCGUGUGGUAAGCAGGGCUCGGUUGCCAGUCUUGUGUGCUUCUUAACCCUGACCCUGGUCACAUCUCACAAAGUGAUUACCAGACUGUUCAGGUAUAUCGGGUGUCUGUGACUGAGCUGGAAAAACAGGGGAAAUUCUUAGAGCCAUUGCAAACCACUGAAUUCUGCUCUAUCUUAAGAUGUUCCCAAAGCCAUAAGCCUGAAGGUUGGCCCUGUGUACCCACACAUGCACUCACACACACACAAACACACCAUACACACACACACACACACACACACGCACGCACGCACGCACGCAUGCACCAGUGCAAAACUCAACAGUGAUGCAGAAAACAAGCUGUGCCCUCUUAACUGCCCAAGUGAAAAGCAAUCAUGUCGAAGAAAUGACAGUAGCUGUUCAGAAAGGAAAAAUGGUACAGGAUUCUUUCCCAUCUACACAAUCUGAUCCAAGUCGGGAGGGGCGUGCUACGGAAACUGCCAUUAGUAUUACGGUGUCUUUCUAAGAGGUUAAAGGCGCAUUGAUGGACACGAAAAGCAAAAUCAUGGCAAAAAAUACGACUCCUGGUCUGCCCUCAAAAAGGGUUUGCAAUUAAUGUCAGGACUCAUUUUUUUGCAAAAAAGAAAAAAAAAAGAUCAGUGAUUUUUCACAUUCAGCCAGUUUAGCCAGCAGAAAUUUCUGAUCCACAAUGCAUGGAUUCCUUCGAACUAAAAAAAAAAAGAAAAAGAAAAAAAAAAUCACAAAAACAAACUUUUUUUUAUUCAAAAAUAACAAAGUUCUUGUAAGGUAAAUAAUGUAUUUAGCAUGAAGCAUGAAUUAUUUUCAUAUAAAUAUAGAAAAUAGAGAGAAGGCUAUGCCUCUAAUUUUUAAGCCCUUAGGCUUAGAGGUUCUUUUUUUUUCCUUUCUUUUUGUUUCUUUUUUUCCCCUUUUUUUCUUUCCUUCCUUCCUUUUUUCCCUUUUUUUUUUUUUGUUGUUAUUUUGUUUUGGUUUUUUGAAGCAGGUGUUUAAGGUUUAACCUUCUUCAGGGACAAAUUCUGACUGUUGGGGAACUUACUCUGCAAUAUAAAUUAUUCUCACGCUCUGGUAGGGCUUGGAUGGUUGAGCUCUAUACUGCCUUGUCUGCACUCAGCCCCGACCCCUCUGAUUCUCUAUUGAAGAGUGUGUCCUUCCCUUUGUCUGUAUGUCUUUAACAUGACGCAAUAAUUCGAGGGCAAACAGUAGUGUGUAUGAUAGAAUCAAGAGAAUUACGGGACGCUUACUUGAGAAGAAUCAUUACCAUGAUUUGGUUCCAGGAAAAAGGCAGUGAAUAAUUAUGCAAAUUCGCCAGAAGAAGGGGAAACAUGCUAAUGGGCCUUAUUGGGUGAGGGUAAGAGAUAGGGUACAUGGGUAGGAGGAAGUAGGUGAUAAAGGGGUCAGAUGGGCCUACUCCUUCCCACUGCGACUGUAUGGUUUCCCAGUGAGAAGGGGUCUGGCCGUCUCUGCCGCUUCAGCACAGUAACCACCUUGGGACUAAGACCACCUAGAUUGCAAGAGCUUGAAUAAACAACCAGACCAUGUCACACAAGCCAGAAACUCCAGUUACCUUUGCCAAAAACAAAAUAAUAUUUUUUUUUCCUUGAGGUCUAAAGAGAAAUCCCUAAAACAAUAUGGCUUCCCAUCCAAAUGGAGGGAUCUUUUUUUAAAGAACCAAAACACUACCCGGACUCAGGGUCAGAUGUUUGGGAGAAAGAGGAAACUGAGGUGACCUUGAACUUUUGAAACAGGGCAGUAGUGGGCCUUUAAAGCUUUGUCCACCUGUCAGAACCAGGUAUCGUAGCAACGGCAACAGCCUGGAAGGACCCACGGUCAUCUGGUGCAUUCCUCCAACCUAACUUGAGUGCAGCUUUAGAAAGAAUGGGGGGCUCCCACUUUCAAGGGGGGCACUAGAUAUCUCCCCCACCUCACCCAAGCCUGGGCUCUCUCAGCUUGGGGGUUCAGGGUCUGAUGAGAGCGCAAGCGAGUUCUCCAGUGCUCUGGGCCCUCUUUCUCCACAAACCUCUGACAACCCACAAGCCAUCCACAGCUCUGGAACCUGAGCCCCACUUGAUUUCUGUUAUUACCUAACCAAGCCCAAAAAAGGCCAUUAUCCCCCUACCCACACCCCGCCCCCAAGAUGUUCAAACUCAGACCUGAAGGUAAAGGUGAACACUCAGCACUGUUUCUGGCAGGGGACUUCUUCCGAUGAAAACCCCACGUGGGCUGUCUCCCCUCCUUUCAUUUUUUUCCCGAAGGGGCAGAGGCCUCCUUCAGAGAUAACAAGAUGCAGUGUGUGUGUGAUUUACUUUUCUGAUCUCGCUGAGAUCUGGAAAACUAUCUUAUACAAGUGUGUUCUGAACCCCAGAACCACUCUUUUUGCAUAAAUACCUCAUCGGGCAGCUUUCUAAGUGUUAUUUUCCUGAGCCUCCCUUGGCACCUUCGUUGGAAUUUUCUGGAAGACUUGUUGGGGAAACUUUAGUAAGGGUACUUUUUUCUAUUUUCCUUCUGUUUUGGGAGGCAUACACAUGAUGCACAACCAAAACAAUGGCUCAAUUGUGUUCAACUCUGUAUUUUGACUGUGGAGGCGAAAACAAAGUUAUCAAUGUGUAUGUGGCUGUUUGUAGCGAAGUCUGCCGAAUGAGGCUGUCCACGUCCUUAACAAGCCAAGGGGCAGGAGGCACCCUCUCUUUCCCCUCCCCCAAGAGCAGUAGAGAAUUUAAGCACAAGCCUAUUUGUGAAAGAAUAUUUUGAUUAAGUGUAAUUCACUUUAGUCUUGGACUUUUCUUCCCAAACGUCAGGUGUUCUUUUAGCUUUCAAACUAGCCUGUGUAUCCAUUAGUCUGACAGAUCGCCUGAGCAUUGUUAAAGGGGCGUGGUGUUUUUUUUUUCUUUCUUUCUUUCUUUCUUGCGUUUCUCCUAUGGGGAGAAGUGGUGGUUCAUGUGUCAUUCCGGUAUAUCACAUACUCACAUUGGGGAGGGGGGGAGGGGGCAAACGGGGAACUAUAGCAAUAUUUACAGAUGCUUUGGAAACACAUCAGCACCGUGAUAGAACAACUACUGGCUGUCGGCCCUCAGACACACCUAAGAGAUGAGGUUCGCUUUCUUCUCUUAGGUGAAAUACACAUCGUCAUUUUUAUCCUAGUCUUGGUAGUCUCUCCUCUUUCUCCAGUACUUUGUGGAAAGGGUUUGCAUCAUAAGAUUUUCUUUGGAAUAUAUCACCAAGCUCCUACUUCCCUCCCUCUCUCCAGUCAGUAUAUUUUUCAAGAGUUCUUUCAGUAAAGCUGGCUCUAUGAAACUAAAGCUGAAGCAAACCCGAAUGCGGAUGGUGGCGUAAGGAAACCGUGGUCAGGAUGCCUGAGGCAGGUCUCCAUCCCGAGGCUGAGUCUUUAAGGAGGAAUGGGUUGGUGCCCUUUCCUGAGAAUGGGUUUUUUCUUUUCAUGUCCAGUGCUUUCUCUUCAUAGCAGUUCCUACCACGGGGCAUUCUAGAAGGAGUAUUGUGGUUGGUGGUGCCCAGGCAGGAGAUGGGGUGGCUUUGGUGCCUAGCCUGAAGUCCACAGCAGGCCCAUCUGCAGCGCCCCAAGCCACCAGUCUGGGUUUUAGUGGUGCCACUCUGGGACCUCCGGCCUCUCCCUGAAGGGAAGGGGCCUAGGGCAUGAUGCCGGAGUUCCAGACAAAUGACCUGCAGGGGAGGCUUUUCCAUAUAUGAAAUUAGAUUAAAUUCAAUGUGAUUUCUUUUUCCCCUUUCAAAUCGUAUUCAGGUUGGGACUCUAUUUCUUUCUGGUGGAUCACAGCUGCCCAGAUGUUGCAAUUGGUUUCUGUGUUUCUAUAGAGAAGUCCUUUUCUUUCAUCUUCAGGAGUUCUUCGAUUUUUUUUAUUUUUUUUGGCCACCAAAAGAAAACAUUGGAACAUAUGUCCCCUCUUGAUUGUGACUUACCAGUGUUGACAGUUUAGUCCUUCGUGUUGUAGGUCCCAGCCCACCAGUACUAUAUCAAACACUGUUAGGCACAUGAUGCAGCACUGUGAUCUAAUUUAAAUAAUACUUUUUUAUUAUUUAUACUACUAUAUAUAAUAUACAUCAACACUUUUGCUAUAUAACCUAAGUGAUAAACCCUUUUAGUUACCUGUCAGACUCUAGACUUUGGUUUCUAUUGCAGUUAACACAGUUACAGAAUUGUAAUGGUGUCUUGUUUUUGCGUUUUUGUUUUCCUUUGUAACGGAAUGUGUAAAUCAAAGUAUAUACAUUGUGUGGUGUUCCUGUUUCUUGGGAUGUCAUGAGGAGUUACACACGGCAUUCAGUGUUCUGUAUAGACCCGCCCACCUUUGUGAAUUCAUCCGUUAAACUCCUCUUCCUUUGAGAGCGCGCCAGCCGUGGUGGCUAACUCCCAGCGUCCUCUCUCCUGCUGGCUAUUCUUGAAUUAAGCACAGACUCGUCCACUCGGUUGCUUUAUCAUGAAUAAGGGGUGUGACCUGGUCACUCUUCCACCCUUCAGCAAACAAGUGCUAGCUUCACUGACCAAAAAUUAAGGAAGGAAAACAUCAUCUUUGAAACGAUCCACCUUUUCAUGGCCGAAACAGAUGUUAGUCUAUGGUGCUGCCUCGUGCUGCCGAGCUUCUGGAACGAGACCGCUGUGGAAUGACCAUUUCUGACUUGCUGUGGGAUGCUCGCCAGCAUCCUGCCUGUCUCCUUAGUAUUGGAAAUCGAGACUCUUUAUCUGGGAUCUAUACAGCAGCGUUGCUCCACUGUUUCUCACUUGCAAAAGCGGAGAACGCGCCUUCUCCGCCGUUUUGCAAAGAAUUGAUACUCCAUAUUGGAUUCUCUAAAGACUUCGAUAUGGUGAUCCUGUCAAACCUAGAAGCUGUAUUUUAUCUUUUCAUACCUGGUUUCCCCAUUUUCCCUGUUUUAGAGAAAACAGCACACUUUUGGUUGUGGACACAUUCACCAUUUCUUGAGUAUGUGUGUUGAAGCCAUCCAAGGUCAUAGCUGGCUCCGCCAGUCUCGCCAUUGUCCUCACUGCCUGUACUGCCAUGGUGGACACGGGGAGGGAAACAGUAUCUGUGUGUGUCUGGGAAACAGCUACAUGGGCAUUUGUUUAAUACUCUGUAACAUUUCUGAGUUUUGUUAUAAUUUUGCAGAAAACAAAACAAAACCACCACGAUGAUAAAGCAGAAGACCACAGGUUUGUGGCCGAAUCUUAGGGUCGCCUGACCUUUCCUGGCCAACAGGUCUACACGGCCAAAUCAAUUUACAAGAGUAAUAAUUUCAUCAGAAGCCAAUUUUUUUUUCUGUGUUUCUGUACGAAACUGCCAAUAUCAUGAACAGAAGGGGAGAACCAUGAAGGAGAAAGAGAAUGCUGAUGGGUGGUGGUUGCAUUAGCCUAAAGCGGCGGGGUGGAGAUGACGCCAUCAGCCAGGCUCGAGGGACUUGCGUUGCUUGGGAGGGAUUCAUACAACAUUUUGCGUUCUUCAUGUGUAAUCAUAUUGCCAAAGACAAACUACUUCAUCAUUUAUUGUAAAUAACACUUCCCCCAGACCUACCAUAAAGUUUCUGUGAUGUAUUGUCUUCCAGUUGCAAUAAAAAUUACUGAGUUGCAUCAAUUGA